GGCACAGUUGUCAUUGCAUUUGUUUACAUUUUUGCUGAUGAUCAGCCGGUGAAGCGCAGUAAAUAUUCAGCUUUGCAUAGUUGUUUAAAGUGUAGCUUUAAACAUGAAUUCAACAGCAACUACGAACCAGAAACUUCCUGCACAUAGCGAUGCCCUCGAAGCACAAGAAAAUACUGCGUCAAAUUCCACACAACACAGCGCAUCAAACAUGAAAGCACCCAAACGGGCGGCAAAGGAAAGGGACAAGCGACAGAAAAAGGUAUUUCCCUACGGCAACUACAACCGCUACUACGGUUACCGCAAUCACGAUGCAACUCCGGCCGACGACGCACGGUUGCGGGUGUUCGUGCAGCGGCGGGAACUGUUCGAAUCGAAGCGGAUUCUUGACAUUGGCUGCAACAAUGGAGCGCUUACGGUCCAGGUAGCGCUAGCCUGCCAGCCCGCCUCCAUCGUUGGCAUAGACAUCGACGGUGAUCUGAUUCGGGACGCUCGCAAACAUUGGAAAACGACGCUGAUCGCGGGCAACAAGAUGGGCGACAUAAACGGUCGAACGGUCGGCAUCGAGCUGGUCGAAUUCCAGCGCGCCAACUACAUCUACGACGAUGCCGCACUGCUCGAGCUAGAAAAACCUCAGUUCGAUGUGAUACUGUGCCUUUCGGUGACCAAAUGGAUGCAGCUCAACUUUGGCGACGAUGGGCUGCGGUUGGCGUUCAAGCGCAUGUACCGACAGCUGCACCCGGGCGGUGUGCUGAUACUGGAAGCGCAACAGUGGAGCAGCUACAAACGGCGCAAGAAUCUAAACGAAACGAUUGCGCGCAAUUUUCAAAACAUAAAAUUUUUGCCCACGAUGUUCGAACGGUACCUGCUGGGCGAGGAGGUUGGGUUUAGCGAGUGUACGGAAUUGCCGGUACAGCGGCACUCGGCGGCCGGAUUCCAACGACCACUACAAAUGUACAGAAAAUAGGUGCGAAUGGGCAUCGCGAUUUUUUUCGGAUGUCUAAAAUAAAUGUUUCUAACCAA